GUGCAAUUACAUUCUGUUUUCACUGAUUUAAUAACACAUUUUUCCUAUAUAUGCACUCAUACAGUGAGCCGUAGAAACAAAGGUGAAACCUGUAAAUCACGGAGCCAAUCAGCGACCUGCAAUUUGUUUAGGGCUAUUAAAACUCAAGGCGGUCUUUUCUGUCUUUCCCUCAGUAUGUUCGGAUCUGUUUCUCCGCCGUUGUGGGAUUAUUAUCACGCAUCGACAGGAUCUGAAUGAAGGCUACUUUUGCAAAUGAAGUCUUGGGUUUACAUGUUUAGAUAGCAGUUCCUCACAAAGCCGUCUGUACAGACAUCGCAAUAACGUGUAAGAGGUUUGGGUACCAUAUGAGAACAGUGGAGCUGAUCACUCAAGUUGUACUGCGGAGUACACCAAGGGUCACUUUACAAUGCCAGUACUACCAAGUCAGGAGAUUGCCACCAGAUUCAAGGAGAAAUGGAUGAAGCUUCACCCAGAAGACCAAGACAAUGAGAAUGGUUCAGUGCACCUGGAUGACAGUCUCACCAGCCUCCAAUGGCUCCAGGACUUCACCAUAGUCAGUGCGAGUCUAGAAAGCCUACUGGGCUCCACUUGCCAGCCGUACCAGCUGCCUCAGCCCAGCCACCUGCACCCUCAGGGCUCCGACUCCCCCUCCAGUCCACCUGCUGGGGACACUGCAGCCUCCGGCAUGCCUCAGAGUGCAGGCAGCCCCAUCACCUCCAGUGCCUCAGCCAACAGGACUAGUUACUACUCACUUCACCCGACAGUGACCAACCACCACCAGAUCACUGUGCCAGCCAAGUCCCUGGAGGAGGUAGACUUCAAGACCAACCACGAGGUGAAGCCUCCCUACUCCUACGCCACACUGAUCUGCAUGGCCAUGCAGGCCGGCAAGAAGAACAAGAUCACACUGUCUGCUAUCUAUAACUGGAUCACAGAGAACUUCUGCUACUACAGACACGCUGAGACCAGCUGGCAGAACUCUAUCCGUCAUAACCUGUCACUCAACAAGUGCUUCAUGAAGGUUCCCAGGCAGAAGAAUGAACCAGGAAAAGGGGGAUUCUGGCAGAUUGACCCUCAGUACGCGGACAUGUUUGUCAAUGGAGUCUUCAAGCGCAGGCGGAUGUCAGCCAUCCAUUUCAACACCCAGAGACACAGCAAAACCCAAGGAUCAUCCCGUAACCGGAAAACCCAGGAGUACCACCAGCAUUUCUCCCAGGCCCACUACACAGUGUCCCACAGAGGAGCAGGUGCUGGGAACAGAUGCAAACUUGGUGGCACAAAGUGGGAGACCGUCCAUAAGUCACCACUGUUGACACCGGAUCUCAUGGAACCAGAGGCACUGAAGGGUGAACUAGACUGGGCCAUGGUGUUUGACGAUGUUCUGAAUGGGAGCAGCAAUAACUUUGAGGAUCAAGACAUUAACUUAGCUCUGAACUCCCUGGGCUGUAAGGUGGAGCUCUCCCAGCAGGAUCUAGACAUUAACUUAGCUCUGAACUCCCUGGGCUGUAAGGUGGAGCUCUCCCAGCAGGAUCUAGACAUUAACUUAGCUCUGAACUCCCUGGGCUGUAAGGUGGAGCUCUCCCAGCAGGAUCUAGACAUUAACUUAGCUCUGAACUCCCUGGGCUGUAAGGUGGAGCUCUCCCAGCAGGAUCUAGACAUUAACUUAGCUCUGAACACCCUGGGCUGUAAGGUGGAGCUCUCCCAGCAGGAUCAAGGCCGGGCCUGGCACCUGGGGAGGUGGUGCAGCGGAGGGGCUGACCGGGACCACCAGCAGGCCUGCAGGUACAUGGAGGUGACCACCAUGGGCUGCUACAACAUGGAGGAGAUCCAGCAGCCGCUCCCUUUGGGGCUCCCUCAGUCCCUGACUGGACUGCAGCAGCCGCUCCCUUUGGGGGUCCACCCACAGCACUUUGAGGAGCUGACACUGUUCCCUGAUGAGCAGCAGAGGCACCCCUGGGAGGAGCUGAAAGAGGAGGUGCAGGCAGUGCCUAUUACCCUGGACCAUAGUCUCAGCUUCUGUGAAGGCUUCUUCACUGAGAUGCAGCCAUGGGGGACAGCAGAGUAUUAUAUGUGACACCCUCACCCAGCACCAGCCCCAAUACUGAACAAGCAGUCCAGCAGGAGGCCAGAGGACCUAUAGAAUACUGUUUUGCUACAUUAGCAUCAUGGAUUCAUUCAGAAAAAUGUACGUUAAUUGAUUUUUUAUAUUUUAUGUGCAUUUUCUAUUUGCUUUUUGAUUGUUUGCAUCUAUGAAAUUAACAUGCUGUUUUUAACGUAGCAUUGAAUGUCUGUUAUAGAACUAAUAAAUCUAUCCUAAUUAA